GGUUUGUGCUUUUACUUUGACUCCGCUUCCAUAUUGGCCCAUCAAGAGUUUAUCCACACAGUUCUAAGAAUGACAACCUUUUACAUUCCCGUUCUAGAGAUCUUCCUGGGCGUCCUAGGCAUCAGCCUCUCCAUCAUGUUCUGUGCCACCUUCUGCAGAGCGUGCAAUCGCUUAAGGGAGCAGGAGAUAGAAAGGGAGGCGUGGAGACGCAGUGAGCAGGACGGACAUCCUCGUUCUAUAUAUUUCAUCCCAUUCCCCCGUAGCAUGUCACAGCAGGACAGUGAAGACAACCACAGGGUGCCUCAACACAGCCAGGACCUCCACACACCCCCACGAUACAGCACUUCAGUCUACUGUGGGCCCCCACCUUCAUACAAUGAGCUGGGAUUUAAGACUGAUGAUCUUCCCCCUGCUUAUGCAGAAUAUAACACUCCUGUGUGUCCCAUCACACCUCCACCUCACAUAGACAUGGAUUAGCCACAAACACAGUCACAACCAUAAGCCAGGACCAUCACACUGUGCCUCUGUUGAGGUUAUGGACAGUCUUGAUUAUUGAACUGCCUCAUGGAUGUGAGCUGACACUGGAGUUGAUAAUGUUUUAAAGAUUCUUAUUAUAUUUUAAUUGUUUGGUUUUUUUUGUGGUAAUGAAUGUGAUGACUGCCCAGAGGGUAUGAAAGCUGCAGAGAUGGCACCGGGUUUGAAGCUAUGAACACCAUGAGUAUACAGCACAUUGUCUCAGCCACUAAGAGCACUUAGGAGCUGAAAUAGAUUUUAUUCCUAUAUAACAACUGUUGAAAUGGAAUAUGUGCAUCAUUUCUCCACUUGCUUUUAUAAUCUCCAACAAGGAGGUAAUGCUUUUGGUCCUGUUUGUUGGCAUGUCUGUCUGUUUUUUCAUUAGCAGGAUAUCCUUCAAAUAUACGUAUAUACAUGUAGCAUGAUGAAUUUAAAUGGCCUUAACUCAGUGUUUAUGAGUCACUUGAUUUCCUAGACAGGAUGUAGAUAUUUGCAAAAAAUCGUGGUCAAUAUCAUCUACUCAGGAAACUAUCACUAUGUGUAUUAUAAUGCAGAUCCCAAUCCAGAUGCUGAGUGAAAAUAUCAAAAUGUUUCAUCAAAAUUACAAGAUUAGAAGAUUCUUCAGCCUUAGGGAAGCAUUAUUGCUCUCUGAGUCCUUUGUAAUUUACACUGUGUAUAUUACGUAAAAUAUCAGUAAAGUUAUAUACUGAACUGAGUAGCAGCCUUGAAACAAAAUCAAAUGUAUUCACGUUGCAUUCAAACCAAGUAGGAACACCUAUCAGAAAGACUUGAUGGCCCAAAGCAAUAACUUGUUCUCAAGUAACCAAACUUGAGUGACGUUUUCUGUAUUUCUGUAUUCUGGGUUUAAUAAUGUUAAUAAUGUUGUGUCAUCGCAUGUUAAAGCAACAUUAUGUAGUAAUUUUAUCUUAAAAUAACAGCUUCAGAAUCAUUUUGAUGGUACAAUGACUUGUAAUAACGCAAAAAAAGGGUAAAUGGCGUCUUUGUCAUUACCACUCUGGGCUGGGGCGCUGGUUAUUAAAACUUUGUAACAUCGGAGUCCCAUAUACAAACAACAUUUUGCAACAACUGCUCAAUGGUGUAAGGCACCAACACAGCUCUUCAUCAAGAAACAAAAAGUAUAUAAUGCACAAUGUAAGUUGUUUGGAAGAAGCUAGCUCAGUAUUGUCACUAUUGGCAGAGGCUGCAAAGAGACCAAAGAAGAUGUUGUCGGACGACGAGAAGAAGAGAAAAAGACAGAGCAAGAGGCCACAUAAGAAUAUAUAAUAGCUUUUACUUGUUGGCCUUGUUGGAACCUCCUCAAGGAACCCAUACCCCACUUUGAGAACCACUGCUUUAUAACAUUGAUAAUAAUUGAAAAUUUCCUACUGGACGGCCUCAACCUCUAACAACAUGUACCCCACACACUCCAAGGGGCACACACUGGAUCGAGUCAUCUCAAACGCUGCCCCCAUUAGCAACCUUCUGGUGCAGGGACGUGCACAGACAUUUUGGUGGGCAGGGGCUCAAGUGAAAAAAAGGGCAUUUUUUUAAACAAGACAAAUAUAUUAACUCAACAACAUUUUUACUUUGCUACAAAAUAAUCAGUUCACACUGAGACCACGGCCUUCUAUAGUAUUCACUAGGUUUAUCACAGGAGCAGGCGACAGCAAAGGAAACUGUGCCACAAUGUGCAUGUUUUCUAUGCUACUAGUUUCAAGUAUACAUUUAUGACAUAGUUUCAUUAAUAGGUUGUUCAUAAGCCAAUAAAUCGUUUAAAUUGU